AAAAAUUUUCUAAUGAACUCUGGCUUCGAUUUUCGCUUACAGCUUCGUUUCUCAGCUUAGUUUCUCGUUUUUCAGUUGAAAGGAACCUACCUUUGAUGUUAAUACCUAAAAAUAAAGAAAAGUGUGGGCCAACGC